UUAAGAAUGGAAGGAGAGAGAGAGGAGAUAAAGAAAGGGCCAUGGAAGGCAGAGGAAGAUGAGGUGCUGAUAAACCAUGUGAACAAGUAUGGCCCCAGAGACUGGAGCUCCAUUCGCUCCAAAGGGCUCUUGCAGCGCACUGGCAAGUCCUGUCGCCUCCGUUGGGUCAACAAACUCAGACCCAACUUGAAGAAUGGGUGCAAGUUUUCAUCAGAGGAGGAGAGGCUGGUGAUAGAGUUGCAGGCACAGUUUGGGAACAAAUGGGCGAGAAUCGCUACGUAUUUGCCAGGGAGAACUGAUAAUGAUGUGAAGAAUUUUUGGAGCAGCAGGCAGAAGAGGUUGGCCAGGAUUUUGCAGACUCCAUCUUCUUCACCAUCUUCUUCCCAAUCACACAAAAACCCUGGGGAAGUCCCAUUUCUUCAUGAUUUCCCAACUCUAGAGGUCCCCAACUUCAGUGCUUCAAUGGAGGAAGACUUAUCCUCAAAAUCAUCCUAUAUUGACAACUCUGAAAUGAUCAAGUUGGUGGGUUUACCAGAUAUGGUAGAGCCUAACUUGCCGGCUUUGGAGACCAACCUUUUCCAACUUCAGUUCAACCAUGCUGAUCAGAAGACUCCAUGCAUGGAGUCCCAAUCACAAUUCCCCUUCCCUCACCUCCCACAACCCCAACCAGCCCUCACGCUCUCGCCAGAGAGCCAAGAACUGGUGGCUAGACUUGAUGAUCCCAACUUUUUUGAUGUAUUUGGAGACCGAGAUGUUUCUCAGGAACUGGGGAAUGGAGCUCAAUUUCCUGUUGAGCCAACAUUUUUUGAACUGGAAAGUUGCAAAAGCUGUGGGAAACGAAAGGAGAACCCCAUGACUCCGGACAGCUUCUUUGAUGACUUCCCAACCGACAUGUUUGAUCAUAUGGAGCCCCUUCCGAGCCCGUCAGAGUGGUGAUUUAGGUAAAUUUAGAGAUGACAAGGCUGUUAACAUUUCUACACUAGUUUCUGUAGUGGCAUUCAAAUACGCUAGUGACUGCUA